GUGAGACACAAAUCAAAGCUCUACGGAAUAUUUCUGCGACCUGCAGUUCCCACAUGUCCUGCUCUCGGAAGCAGCUAAUAUCAAAUUGGUGACGAGCUGUCAUUUCGUCUAGAUCUGAGAAACAUUCAAACAAGUGGGAUGAGACUGGAACUGUCUCGAGUGGUUCAGGGAUGUCGUCUGGGAGUUUUGACUGGACUUGGAAAAUCAGGGCAGCAUUCACUAGAGGUGCCCGGCUGCCUCCUGUACACUCGCUGUGCAACUGUUCCCCAUCUGACCCAGGACACAUUACACACUUUGAGAGAUCUUCCCUCGGUCACACAGGUGUCAGUGGAUAGCUUUGCAGAGCAUCAUGAGGUUCUGGAGGAAUUCAAAGAGGGUGUCAGAAAGUUUGCAGGUCUUCAUGAUACUGUGCUUUUCUGCUCUCUGCAUGAUUCUGCGAACACCAACCCUGCCGGUCACGUCACCAACAAGACAGUGUCGGUGUGGGGCAGUGGUGGAAGGAUAGAGCUGACAGUGGCUAGGUUCAUGGCGAUUCAGGCAGCUAUCCAGCCGGACUGCUAUCAGAGCAUGGCGGAUGGAGAGACAUGGCAGGCCGGUGUGUCUCGCAAGAGAGUCCGCAAAGCAGUGGACAGGACCCUAGCCCACCUGGAUGAAUGUCUGGUAUUGCACCAGAAAACUCAGGAAUUAAAACAGGCCGAGAUAUUCGGGGUUGUGGAGGGUGGAGACAUUAUGGAGGAGAGGCUCCGGUCAGCACGAGAGACUGCCAAGCGUCCUGUGGGCGGAUUUGUCCUGGAUGGAUUUCAUUCUGCUGCCAUGGACCAGGAUGUGAGGGCUCAGCUGGUUAAAGCGACAUCUGCAGAGCUUCCGCAAGAAAAACCCAGGUUGGUUCUGGGGGUUGGCCGUCCUGAUGAGGUCAUUAGCUGUGUUGAAGCAGGAGUUGACCUGUUUGAGAGCUUCUUCCCUUUCCAGGUGACGGAGCGAGGCUGCGCGCUCUCCUUCAACUACAGCAUUGAUCCCGACCCUGAGACGGCAGGUACAUCAACCCCUACAGUGUUGGAAAUUAACGGAGAGAUGCCUGCUGACAAGAAGCUGAACUCAAAUGGUGAUGAAAAUAUGAUGCCUUUCGAAAUGAACCUCAGAGAUAAAAGGUAUCAAGAUGACUUCUGCCCACUUGUUGAGGGCUGUGGCUGCUAUUGCUGUAAAAAGCAUAUGAGAGCAUAUGUUCAUCAUUUACUGGUGACCAACGAGUUACUCGGCAGUGUUUUACUCAUGCUACACAACAUGACGCAUUACCUUGGCUUCUUCAAAGCGCUGCGGGAGGCAAUAGCCAGCGACCGUCUGCAGGACUUUAAAAAUAGAGUGCUCCAUUGCAGAGAAGGUGAUUUGAAAUGAUUGAAGGACUUCAGGCAAAAAAAAGUGAACAAAAGAACACCUACAUCAGAGCAUACUUGAGGCUUUGAUUUCAGAUGAUGUGUCUCAUGAAUAUAAAGCUGGAUUCUGAUGCAUGUGCACUUGCCAUGCAAUAUAUCGGACAAAAAGUGCUAAUGUGAGUGACACAGCAAACCUUUCAAGAUUCCCAUGGCUCAUCUCAGAGUUCGCUUAUGGAUUUUAAAUUUGCCGUCUGCUCCAUCAAAUAAAGAGUUUGCUUAGGAGCGUUAAUAAUGGUGAAAUUGCCUCUUUAAAGAGCAGAACUUGCUCAGAUUCUCUCUCUCAAGCUCUGGAAAAUUACCACCUGCUGUUUUGCUCAACACAUUUUUCUGACGAGUUAUAUUUUUAUUAUUGGAAAGUGCUGCAUUUUUUAUUUCUUACCUACAAUAAUGAUAUUGUCAUAAUCAUACUUUUCUGGACCUUGACAGUGUAUUUUACUUGCCAGUCUAUGGGACAGUCACAAGCCUCCCGGUUUUCAUCCAAAAUAUCUUAAAUUGUGUUCUGAAGAUGAAUGAAGCUUUUACAGGUUUAGAACAACACGAGGGUAAAGUGAUUAAUGACACAAAUUUCAUUUUUGGGUGUAGUAUACUUUUAAGUUUUAGAUAUUAUUCUUUAAACCACAAUGCAAAUCUAGGUUUUUUACUUUUUUUGUAUUUGUGUUUUCCUGGUCUUCACAUUCCUUUUCACAAUCCAGCAAAGCCUAAAGUAAGAAUUACAAGUUAUUGCUUGUAAGAAAAAAAAAAGUUUGAAAAAAAAAAGUUAAAUCUGUGUAUAUUGUAGCAUGGAUAAAAUACUGUAGUGACCAAGUCAAAAUCCUGGGCCACAACUAUCAAUUUUGAUUGUUUUAUGACCUUUAUAAUUAAUGAUGCAUGAGUGCAUUUGACAGUGAGAAACAUUCGUUUGACAGUCUACAAAAGGACUGCUACAAUGCACGCAGUUCAUAAGGAGAUAGUAGUAUAGAUUAGAAUAGAAAACACUACAGUACAGAAAAAUCUUUUAAAUAUUUAAUAGAGAGUGGUGUUGUAGUGGGAGUGUUUUUAAAGAGUUAAAGUGAGAAAGCCUGAGUAAGGUGCAAGCUGCAGAAAUUGGAAAUCAAAGAGGGAAUCAAUGGAAAAUUGUCUGAAAGUGUUUGCAAAUUAUUUAACUAAAGCCUCAUUUUCCAAACUAGAUACAGUGCAAAUUAAAUUAUCAUAAUAUUAUUGCAAAUUAUCAUUAAUAUGAAUUUUAGAAAGUCUUAUUGAUGUCACUUUAUAAUGUUUACUUACAUUCUCAGUGUGAUCCCCACUGUAUAUAUGGGGAAAUUAGUGUUCACUUUUGAGUGUUAACUCCAAUCUGUGUGCUUGUAUGAGUGAAAGCAAGUAGCAUUUCCAUUUAAAAGUUGCAAAGAGUCUCUUUCCCGGCAGGUGAGUUCCUCCCCCACAUUUCAGCCAAUUACCUUUUCUGAAGAGCCAGGAGAGAUCAUUAAAAAAAGGUUUGAACCGCUGGAUAACUUUCCACUAGUCCCAUGCACUUAAUUUUGACUUCACUUUUAUCCCAAACCAGUUUCCACUCCUCACAAGGGCUUUAUCUCCCGAGGUUUUAAGCAAAAGUCAUUUAUAGAAAUGUGUAGUGUGUUUCUUUUAAGCAAUUACUGUGGAAAUGUUCAAGGAAAAAGGUAGCCAAGACUUUGAAAUUGACUUUCAAUAAUAGAGAAGUAUUCGCUGAAGAACAAGCGUGACAACUAGCCCCAGUCUCCCCUUUUAAUCAUAAACUUGACAUUCAGCUUUUAAUCCUUGCGUAAUUCGCUAUUUUUAGAUCAUUGAAGAAAUACUUCAAGACUUUUUGCCUCUUAUGAACCUUGUCUACUUUUACCUUUUGAUGUUUUUAUUUAUUUAUAAUUUUUAUAACUUUCUGACCCAUUUAAUAUAGCAGGAGUGUUUGAAUUGACUUGAAAAGCUGUACUUGAGAAACCUUACACAGUUUCUUUUUAGAUUUACUGCUUGAUUGCAAUGGAUUCUCAAUGUUAUAUUUCCUGAAGGGUCAUUUAAGUUUGAGCAAUGUAUAAAUGAAGAAGGGGUGAGAGUAUUACGAUUUCUUUCCAGCCGAGUCUCAUUUUAUUAGAAUUUGCCUGUGCUUCGGCUGACUGUACAUUAUCUUUCUACCCAUCAAAAAAUAAAAUAGAUGAAUACU